AGGAAACCCUCCCAUUUUCGAGCGAAAAUCAAAGUUCAAAAUAUACAAAUCGUUCUUCGAAACCUCCAUCAAAACACCAUCAAACUCUCCGUGAAGAAUCUGAACAGAAAAUAAAGCAACAAUACUCAACAGAAAAUGGCAGCAAGAAACCAAACAAAAGACCUUAAGUGUGCCACACAUCUCCUGAGUGAUAAGUUCAGAAACAUGACUGAGGAGAAGAAGGCAAUUGUGAGGGAUCUUGGAUUCGGUGGGUUGAUGCACAUCCCACCACUAAGGGUGGAUCACCAACUCUUAAGGGAGCUGGCAAACAACUUCAAACUUGGGGAGAACAAACUGAAGAUAGGAUAUGGUUCUUUCCAAAUAACACCAAGAAAAAUAGGUCAUGCACUUGGCAUCAAUGCAACAGGAGAUCUAUUUCCUAAGAAAGUUGAGUAUAAGAAACUUUCUGAUGAUGACAAAAUAAUUUAUAGAAGAUUCCAGGGUAAGACCCUCAAAAGUCUUACUGAUGAAAUGAUGGAAAUCGGCGUUGGCAACGAAGAGGAACGCCUGAUGUUCAAGAGGAUAUUCAUCCUCUACAUACAGAUGGCGUUCCUUUUGCUAACGACGAUAAACAAAAUAUCGCCCGUGCACCUGGCCCCAAUUUUUAUGAUGGACGGCAUAUCAGAGAGAAACUGGGGGGGGGGCAAAAACAGGACUCAAAGACCACUAAAGCCCUGGAUUGCCAACUGGACUAAGGAGCAGUUGGUGGAAAGAAUGUCUGCAGAAAGACAGGAAAUUUUGUAUGUUCUAAAUGAUGAAUCUUUGCCUUCCAGAAUGGACUCCAGAAAAAGAAAGCAGAGGCAAGAGGAGUCAGAUUCUGAUUUAGAAUCUGAAUCUGAACCAAGUGAUGAGAGUGAAGAAUCAUCACCUGCGGAGAGGGAGAAGAAAAAGAAAAAACCAAAAACAACACCAAAAGAGUAA